AUUUCUCUGCCUUUAACUGCCUAAAAGAUUCUCUCCACAGCUAAGCAGCUUUCUACAAAUUUCUUCAUCUUCUUCUUGUGUCUCUCUCUUUAUCUUUAUCUUUCUAAACAGGCAUAUAUCACUCUGAUCUUACAAAAACAUUAAAAUUUCUGGGUUUCUCUGAUCUUAUAAUAUUCUUGUUCUUGAUUCUUUAAAGUCGAAUACACAUAUUACUGUUAUAUACAAAGUGAUCAUCAUGGCGGUUGUGGUGGAAGAAGGCGUGGUGUUGAAUCAUGGUGGUGAAGAGCUUGUUGAUUUGCCACCUGGUUUCAGGUUUCAUCCAACAGAUGAAGAGAUCAUUACAUACUACCUCAAGGAGAAGGUUUUAAACAGCCGGUUCACGGCUGUAGCCAUGGGUGAAGCUGAUCUCAACAAGUGCGAGCCUUGGGAUUUGCCAAAGAGGGCAAAGAUGGGGGAGAAAGAGUUCUACUUCUUCUGUCAAAGGGACAGGAAGUAUCCUACCGGGAUGAGGACAAACCGUGCCACCGAGUCCGGUUAUUGGAAAGCGACCGGCAAGGACAAGGAGAUCUUCAAAGGCAAAGGUUGUCUCGUCGGGAUGAAGAAAACACUUGUGUUUUAUAGAGGAAGAGCUCCAAGAGGUGAAAAGACUAAUUGGGUCAUGCAUGAAUAUCGUCUUGAAGGCAAAUAUUCGUAUCACAAUCUCCCCAAAUCUGCAAGGGACGAAUGGGUCGUGUGUAGGGUUUUUCACAAGAAUAAUCCUUCUACUACAAGCCAACCAAUGACGAGAAUACCCAUUGAAGAUCUCACGAGGAUGGAUUCUCUAGACAACAUUGAUCAUCUCCUAGACUUCUCAUCUCUUCCUCCUCUCAUAGAUCCGAGUUUCACGGGUCAAACCGAACAAGCCAACUUCAAACCCAUCAACCCUCCAACUUACAAUAAUAUCUCAUCAUCACCAAUCCAACCCCAUCAUUUCAAUUCGUACCAAUCAAUCUUUAACCACCAAGGUUUUGGUUCUGCUUCUGGCUCGGGCUCUACGUACAACAACGAUAUGAUCAAGAUGGAGCAAUCACUUGUUAGUGUAUCUCAAGAAACAUGCCUAAGCUCAGAUGUGAACGCGACCACGGCAGCAACCAUGGAGGUGUCUUCGGGUCCGGUAAUGAAACAAGAGAUGGGGAUGAUGGGAAUGGUGAAUGGUAGCAAGUCAUAUGAAGAUCUAUGUGACUUGAGGGGGAUCUUAUGGGACUACUAAUUAAUUAUUUAACUUUGGUGAAAGAGUAUAUUGGUUGGGAUUUAAAUCAUGUAGUUAAUACAUAUAUUAUACGUAUAUUAGGAUUUACUAGAGGAUUAAUCCUAGUUAUUUUCACUUCAUUGAUAUUAUUUAAUUAGUUGAUUGUUUAAUUAGUUUAUAAUAGUGUGUGAAAAAGGGAAAAAAAAAGAAAGGAUUGUGGUAAUUUGGGAUUUUAGUGCAUGUUAUAUCUCAAUGUAAACUGUGUUUGUAUACGUAUAAUUAGUCUGAUCAGAUGGUUUCUUCUGAUAGAGUAUUAAUUAUUAAGAUUUACUAUAUUCAUAUGGA